AUGCCCAUGCCAGAUCUCCAUGCCAUGGCAAUUACAAUUCAGGAUGAGCAGGAUGGUAAGAUUGAUACCCUGCAAUGCCUCCGUGAAGGCCUUAGGCACAAAAUUGUUGACCAGUACCCCUCAUUCCAAAUUCCUGACCCUCCUGCCAAUGCACCAUCCUUGUUGCUUGAUCAAUCUGUCCCCGCAUCCAUGUCACCCCCUGAAUCUGCACUCCCUCCUUUUAUUGAUCUCUUGGUGGCAGGGAUGGUGCCCACACCCCCGAAAUUUGAGGAUGCCUCUGUCUUUGGGUGUCACUACAUUGCUUGUUAG